CGUAGGUACGGCCGUGCGGGAAAUGCACAAUGCAGCAACGGCGCCGCAGUGCCUGGGUGUCUCGUGACUGGCAGUAUAAGCGACGUUAAACCUAAUCACGUAACAGUCGUGUUUUCCACUUAAAUUUUCUGAUGUCAUAUUGGUACUCCAUUAUAAUGCGGGCCAGCUGCUGGGCAUCCAUCUGGGCCGUCACACAGGAGCGGCGCCUCACUCGCCCUGCCGUACUGUUUAAUCAUGUCCCUAGCACGGGAGGAUCAACCUGGGAAGUACUUUGGAGUCGUUAUGCUUGCGCAAGUAACUUGACAGCUUGCCCCUAUUCUGAAGCAGUCGGUCGCACGAUUAGUGCUGAUCGUCCGGCGUCGGGAACUCCCUACUGUAAGCCUUCUGACGACGUCGUUGCUAGCCACAUGACGCCAGCUGGAUUUCGCGCGCUCCGCGCCGCACGCGCCGCUUAUUUGCCGCAAAAAAAGUACCUCACCGUCACAAUGGUCCGCGAGCCCUGCGGUGCCACCCUCGCGCGAUUUCUGCACCCGCAGCAUGCGCACCAUAGCAUCGUUCCGCGGCUGUGCGAGGUAGAUGCCUUCAAAUUAACGUAUGAGAGACCACAUGCUAGAGAAGACGUAGACAAAAAAAACACACAGGUCCGCUCUGUUGCUCUUGGGGCCCCAAACGCGACAACCGCGUUCGAGGUGGCGCUGAACGAGUGGAUUGGCGAAAUCGCGAGCGGGGGUCACGCUGCCAAGUACCUCUACGUCCAAACAAUAUACCUCUUUGGCGCUCGGCUCAAGUCAGAGGCUGCUGCAUAUGAGGCACUGCGUUCUUACGACUUUGUCGGUCUCACCGAGCAGUUUGACGCAUCUGUUUUGAAGGUUUUCUCCAUGAUCGGCUGCUCGUGUGCUGCAGCGUAGUGGAGGGGGGGGAUUAUUUGCACAACCCCAUAGUCCCAUCGCAGGCCGCCGGCGUAUGUCCUGACAAACAGCGCAGAUUCCAAAGCUGACGCAGAAAAAGGCCCUAUCAGCCGUGUGGGCGCGCUCCGUGCAAAAUUGUUGCGCGACGGCAGCUGGUAUCGCGUCCGAGCUACUGAGGCCGCCGCCGAUGGUGAUGUCUUAGAUGAUUUUUACCUUUAUGCAGCUUCAGAAAAGCGCUUCGUUGCUUCUGGACCUCCAUCAGCCAACAGACUCGCCUCCUACAGGGCAUCAUUUGCAGGCCAGCAGCCACCGAUGCUACAAAGUGCUUGGUUUAGUGGUAAUUCCCGAGUGGCUCUUGGAGAAGUCGACUAUAGUAACACGGGCAACUGGCGUGCCCACUGGAUUUGGCCUCUGUCGUGCGUCCGAGCCCCUCAGGAGCUGGUUCGCGACGCGUGCGAAGCGCGGUGCACGGAGCAGCGCGUCCACCUAGCCGCCUGGAGUGAUUUUAUCGAUGCGGUGGUAGCAGGGUGCCCUGCGUGCCAACCGUAGAUCCGAAUCUAGGCGCCCUGGACCGUAGACUUAGAUAGUCGACGAAGAAACAAUUCUGCGGUGAGUUGCACCGGCCGCGCACCACAUAGCACCGCGCAUUGCAACAAAUCUCCCGGGCAAUGGCUCCACGCCCAUUCAAGUUGCACAUUCCCUCCCUUCGUUCAAAGUCCUUACUUGCAAUAAUGGUCUCCGGUGCCAGCGGCCACAUUGCUCUGCGGGAAUUCAGGGUGAGGGAUUACCAUGAGAUGGGCAAGAUUCGACCCUACUGGUGUCCCGGACCGUUUCAUGUUGCUGAUUUCUUUUCCGAGUCGAAGCUAUUAAAGAAGAAUCUACUCACCACCAAUGCCUACAGAUUUUGCUACUUCUAGUAGAAAAAUGCCCCAUCCCUAUCACUUCAAGUUGAAGUUGCCAGUGAUCUGCGCGACAGGUCGAACAGGACGGCGUGCUCUAGAGGCGUACUCAUCUGGGGACCAAUGUCCGGCUUAGGGAUACUAGUCCCAUGCUCCCUGGCUGCCAAAGGCGGCUGGGUUGAAUACCCGGAGCUUCGUAGACGUAAAUAAAGACCGUAUGUGCCCAUAUACUGUACGUGCC